AGAGAGAGAGAGGGAGGGAGAAAAGGAGGCUGGGAAGAAUAAAGGGUCAGUCCAGGGAUUGUCCUCGAAAGGAGAGGAACUACGUCUGUGUGUGUGUGAGGAAUGAGUGUGUGUGUGUGUUGUGUUUGCUUAUGCUGAUGUUUGAGGUCAUUUUUUUCACCCUGCACACAGAGGAUAUAAUAAGAACCCACCGCCAUGAGUCGGACCACCUUUUUUGAGGUGAGGGUCCUGGAUGCCAAGACCAAAGAGCAGCUUUGUUUUUUAGAUAAGGUGGAGCCCUACUCAACAAUAGGAGACAUCAAGAGCCUCUUUCACAAAUCACACCCUCACUGGUAUCCAGCAAGACAGGCCCUGAGGCUUGAUCCCAAGGAAAAAACACUCAGAGAUGAUGAAAUCUUACUGAGUCUACCUGUUGGGACCACUGCCACCAUGUACUUCAGAGAUCUUGGUCCACAGUUAAGUUGGACUAUGGUGUUUCUGGCAGAGUGCAUCGGGCCCCUUCUCACCUACCUCCUCUUCUAUUUUCGAGUACCGUACAUUUACUCUAACAGAUAUGCCUUCACCUCCAGUCCUCAUCCUGUUGUCACACUAGCCUGUGCCUGUCACACCUUCCACUACAUGAAGAGGUUGAUAGAGACUAUCUUUGUGCAUCGUUUCUCCCAUGGGACCAUGCCUCUCAGGACAAUAGUCAGGAAUUGUGCCUAUUACUGGGGUUUCUCAGCUUGGUUGGCUUACUACAUCAACCACCCUCUUUAUACACCUCCAUCAUAUGGAGAACUUCAAGUUAACUAUGCAUUAGUGAUAUUUGUGAUGUGUGAACUUGGCAACUUCUCCAUUCAUCUGACUCUUAAUAAUCUCAGAGGAGAGGGACCCAAGGCCAGAAGGUUUCCUAUGCCAACAAAGAACCCAUUCACAUGGCUAUUUUUCUUUGUAUCCUGUCCAAACUACACAUAUGAGGUUGGAGCUUGGGUGAGCUUCUCCAUCAUGACCCAGUGUCUGCCAGUGGCAUUGUACGCAUUAUUGGGGUUCAUUCAGAUGACCAUCUGGGCCAAAGGGAAGCACAGAGCCUACAGCAGGGAGUUCAAGGACUACCCCAGCCUCCGGAUGGCCAUUAUCCCUCUGAUUCUCUGAUAGUGAUCACAACAUGAAUUAAUGUAGCAUAUAAGACGUGUACAUUCACUCCCCACAGGUGUUUUUCACUGUGGCUGAGGCCAGCACUAUGCAAGCGUUUGUUUUUUAUAUCAAUGAACUGAAAGGAGUGGGAAUGGGAGCAAUAAUAUUACGGCAAUAAACUGGAGCAUUAUAAAUGGCUGGGAACAUUUUAAUUGUUGAGUUUCAACAAUUGGUUUUAGUUUCUUAGGAGUUUGAUGUGGCGUUAUGAUAUCAACUUUGUACAGAGAUUAGGUACAUCUUCAAUCUGCUGUCAUAUUCUCUACACACAGUCAUAGGAUGUUUUUGAUAUUCAGGACUUGACUGAAGGUCGGAAACGGCACGUCAGCAUUUUAGCAACCCUUAUUCAAAUCAGCGAGCAGUUCUCAUCGCAAGCUGGCUUCUAUAGCCCACAGGUUGUGUCACUCCUUCUCAGUGAUGAACGCUUACAGCUCUUAUGAAGUUUUCAGGUUAAGUGAAAGAAAUAAAACACACUCUAGGUCAUAAUAAAGUGCCUGUGGAAGCAAACUAGCAGACUGGAAUUUAAAAUGUCACGGCAUCCAUUUGAGAGUGCAACAUAAUUUUUAAGCUCUCAUGAGGAAUGCUGAUAAAGCAGACAUUUAAUUAUGCUAAUACUAAGCUUCUCUGCCGUAUAUCUCAGAUUGUUUUCUUCAGAGAAAUGAAACUGUACUGUAGGUGUGGAACUUCUGGCAUUAAUGUGUGGAAGUCUCAUAAGGUGGUCUGUGAUAACUGCUGUUCUUCUCCAGUCAUUACGCUCUAAUCUCAGGUUUUACUAAACUGUUAAUAACUGUUUUCCAUAAAUGUGAAUGUGAGUAUUCUCAAGGUAUUUGAUUAUAAAACAAAUCAAGCAGGAUGUCCAGAAAUAAAAAGGUCCACAUCUUAAGGAAAAAUUGUAACUUUAUUGGAUGUGAUGACCCUCUCAGAAACGUCUUUUUUGUGACACUGACUUCCUCUGAUGACACCAGGUGCUGGUUGAAUGCAGGCAAAUUACCAAAGUUGCACAUAAUCAUGACAAAGCGCCAAAACUGAAGACAUUGAUGGCAUAAAAAUAUCACGAUACUGAAAUGAAUUCCAUAGCAGCAAGAGGAUUUUGUAAAAAUCAUUAGCUGUAUUGCACUAGCAGGUUUUUUUAACCAAACAUCUUGGUAAGAAUUGUGAUGCUUCAAUUAAAGCUGCAUCAAUAAAGUGCUAAGGCUAUGCUUCUCUGAGUGCUUAUUUCACAUAUCUAACGAAGGCAAUAAAAGACGAUCUUGCUUGGCAUCUGAAGCAAAAAAUACACAGGACCUAUGCUUUCUUCACACUCCCAUUACAGCCUGAUAUUGAACCUUUUUGACAUGUCAUCAAUCACAGCCAUGGUCCUUGUCAAAAAUCUCAAGCUUUGUUUCAUUUAGUUUGCAAGGCCUACAAGGUGAGCAAAUCGUGGAACAAAAAGCAGGCACAGAAAUGCUCCACACUUUCCAAGUCCAAAGCCCACUAACCCCGUUUACUGGAAAAGCAAAGUAUUGCCACAUGUCAGAUCAUCAGUCAAACAUGACAUAUGUCUUGUACCAUUUACAGACUGCAUCUCAGGGCCUAACACCACUCAAUGGAUCAACAAGAACGGCCCCAUUCCAAAGGCUGCUCCAAAUGCUGAUGAGGGACUCAAAUUUGGAGGACACAUCCUGUUUGUGUCUGUGUUUUUAGUAUCCCAAAACAGUUGCACCAGCACCAGUCGCCUGUCUCCACUAGACUAAGGACAGGACUUCACGAUGACACUGUAGAGAAUCCUAAUUUGAAGAGGAGGUCCAAGCUGACCAACUUUCAGUCCUCCAAAGUACACACUCACCCUUUGGACACUG